UAAGUGGGACGGGGCUUUAUUAGACUGAAUUUAGGACCCAUGAAUUGGGGAUUUAAAGCAAGAUGCAGACCAUUCCCAGGCAUGGAUUUUGUCAAGAUUACUUGGUUCAAGGCUAUUAAAUCAAAAUGUUGAACUUUUGAGUCUGAGUCUCCAUCUUAAUCUUUAUUGCUAUAGAGGGAGCGUAUACAGCGUAGGUUCACUAGGUUAAUUCCCGGGAGGACAGGACUGACAUGUUGAAAGAAUGGUUCGACUGGACUUGUAUUCAUUGGAAUUUAGAAGGAUGAGAGGGAUUGUAGAAACAUUUUACAUUCUUAAAGGAUUGGGAAGGGUAGAUGCAGGAAAAAUGUUCCCGAUGUUGGGGGAGUCCAGAACCAGGUGCCACAGUUUAAGAAUAAGGGGUGGGCCAUUUAGGACUGAGAUGAGGAAAAUCUUUUUCACCCAGAGAGUUGUGAAUCUGUGGAAUUCUCUGCCACAGAAGCCAGUGUUGGCCAAUUCACUGGAUGUUUUCAAGAGAAUUAGAUUUAGCUCUUAGGGCUAAACAAAUCCACGGGAUAUGGAGGAAAAAGCAGGGACGGGAUACUGAUUUUAGAUGAUCAACCAUUAUCAUAUUGAAUGGCGGUGCGGGGACGAAGGGCCGAAUGACCUAUUCCUGCACCUAUUUUCUUUGAGUACGGACCCGGGACCGCCAAUGCCUUAACCCAAUCAUCAUCCUGGUAAACCUUUCUAACGCCAGCACAUUAAGUCUACGCGACACUGGUAGAAGAAAAUUGAAGACCUCUCUUCCAUCUAUUAAUGAGUUGCCAUCACCACCCAAUUUUCCAAUACCCUGGAGAUGCGGCCCUGGGUUCUGUGCAAUACCAAGGUGAAAUGAACAAGGUAUUGACGGGAAAGGUCGAACUGACGUUUGCAGCCGCGCCCGCGGGUGUUUCCUGAACCAAAACAACCAGCCGGGAAAACAGGUUCCAACGCUGCCCAUGUUAUUGCGAGCCUGCGAUCGAGCAGAAAGUUUUACUCUGGUUAUUUUUCUUUUUGGCGAUGGAUUAAGACGAGACCCAACUCAUUGGGAAAGACAACUCUCUUAAAUUUGAAAGCGAUCACACAUACGGCGUUCAAAUUCAUCCAGUUGCUUUGGGAAUCUGGAGCUGGAAACAUGAAAGACGUGACCGAUAAAAUCUUCAACGCUGUUACCUCGAGCGACGAGAAGUCCGAUUUAGAUAUACUAUGGUCACAAGAGAAGAUAUUCCACGAAGCUGCCAAGAAGGGUGAUGUAAAUACAUUGAUGACAUGCUUAAAUCAAAAUGUCCAGAUCAACACUAAAACUGAGAUGGAUCGCACAGCUCUGCAUUUUGCUGUUGCUAACAUGAAAGAAAAUGCAGUUGCCUUUCUUCUGACUCACAACGCCAGUGUGGAUAUUAAAGACAAGCACGGGAUGGACGCCUUUCUCCUCGCUGCCUGGUUCGGAAACUUGAACAUUUUGAAAACGUUGGUAGAAAAAGGUGUGGAUCAAAAAUCGACAAACGAGGAAGGAUUGAACGCACUGCAUUGUGCUGCCCAGAACAAUCAGAUUUCAAUUGUACAAUGCAUAAUAAAAGAUCUACAGUUGGAUUUAAACAAACCCACAGAGAAAGGCAAAAUGCCGUAUCACGUUGCAGCUGAGAGCGGGCAUCUUGAGAUGGUUGAGACACUGAAGGAGUAUGAGUACAGCACACAGGAAAAAGACAAGGAAGGCAAUACAGCGUUGCAUCUUGCCGCAAAGAAUGGCCACGUGACUGUGUUAAAGGCAUUGCUGAACGAAUGGGAUCUAAUAGAUGAGGAGAAUGAGGAGGGCGUGACUGCAUUCUACUUUGCUGCUUUGGAAAGCCACCACGAAUGUGUGACACUGCUGCUGGAAGCAGGAUGUGACAAGAACAUUUUACCAAAGAACAACACAAGUCUUUUGCACAUUGCAGCAGAGAGAGAUGACUGUGCCUUGGCCUCGAUGCUUAUUGAUGCUGAAGCUGAUUGCAAUUGUCAAAAUAAUAGAAAAGAAUCACCCCUUCACUUUGCUGUUAAGUACAGGCAUAUGGCAGUUGCACAGCUCUUUGUGGAAUCAAUGUGUGAUGUUAACAUUUUAGAUGAGAGAAACCAGAAUCCAUUGCACCUGGCAGCAGAGCUGGGAAGAGCCGACCUGGUGGAACUUCUCCUGAAAGCAAACACUGACCUGAAACAGAAGGACAAGCAAGGCAAGACUCCACUGGAAGUGGCAUCAAGAGUCAAUCACAUCAUUAUUGUGGACAUGAUCAUCAAAGCAGAAAGAUAUUAUGCAUGGAAGGAGGUCAUCGAAGAUCGACUUCCAAACCUAACAAGCAGUUACCCAUUGACAUUCAAGCCGGACCAUACCACCCAGACAAGCCAACUCCGCACCACCCUCUGGAGUAUGGCCCACCACGACCUCAAGCCAAAGGAAUGGAAGAGGCUUGCCAUGCAGUGGCAUUUCACCGAGGGUCAAAUAAAGGCAAUAGAGGAACAAUGGAUAGGAGCAAAGAGCUAUCAGGAACAUGGUCACCGGACAUUACUGAUAUGGCUGCAUGGAGUCCUACUAACUGGCACAAAUCCAGUCAAGGCCUUGUACGAGGGGCUAAUUAAUAUUGAACAGAAGAAUUUAGCUGAAAGGAUCAGAAAAGAAAUUAAUGGCGUACCGUCUUCAAAGUGUACAGUUUCUUAAAGGUCGCUCCAUUUUAAGGAAAGCAUAUCAAGACAUACUGCUGCCUACAAGAACUGGAAGCAAAAGUAAAGCUGUGUUGCCAGUGCAUUACUGAGGGACAUCUCAGACUACAGUAAAGCACCUGCUGACUGUUACAAAGGAAACCAUCAAAUCCAAGCCUGUGAACAUGUUAUAACUUUGUACGAGGAAUCUCUUCAAAAGGUCUUUCUAUAAAUUGUGCUUACUGGUACUGCCUCCGUGACACAGAAAA